ACAGCCUGCCCCAAUAAAAACCCGAAAACUACCCGCGCCGCCAACAUCGAUGUCAAGGAAACCCCCACCGAACAGGGUUUUGCCAACGUCCAGUCGCAAUAAAGCCCUAGCGACUGGACACCACACGCUCCUCUGGGCCUCCUAACCUCGCAGCUACUGCAACGGGAGAGGCCGCUUCCCUAGUUCCCGAAUCCGUCAGCGAGCGCAAAUGGAAUACGCCCCAUGCUUUCACUCAUAUGACGUAUGAGUUCUCGGGCCAGGAGGAUUUGGUCACGGAUUUGCAGGGAGUCGGCGACAUCUGGACCGAUCCUGUCAUCGUCAGAGCCAAUCGUAAUCACACACGAUUCAGACCACUUCGCUCCGGUCUACAUGGGCAGCGGGGCUGUCACAGCAGAAGACCUUGCUGAGACACGCCAGCGAUACGAUGAACUGCGUCACAGCAUUCCCUCCCUCAAAACAAGCCUAGAGCAACAGGAAUGCAAAUCUGAACGGGAGCAGGUCCAGGAGCUCCGCGGUAGACUGGAAAAGGAGAUCAAGUUGAUGCACAAACACACCGCCGACUUCCUCGCCAAAUCUGACGUAGUCAUACUGUCGAAGUUUGACUUCCACGUCUGGGUCAAGCGAAAACCUAAUCCAUUGAUCCCAAUGAACAAGCGAAUUCUGGUAGCACUGACGCAUGCACAGUUUCGCAAUGUGUUGGUUCACCGGAUGACAAUUUACGGUGGACGGAUCCUGGCCAACUGGGAGGAGAACCGGAUCCAUGCCCUCAACAGCAUUGCUCCAGACUCUUACGAGAAUGUCAAAGUCUACGGGAUGCCCGGUUAUGAAGAGGACGGGCCCCCUGUGGAACCCCAUGACACAGAAGUCUCAAAACUCGGAUUCUACAACUGCAAACACAAGAAGAAGUGGAUGCGCCGUCACAAGCAACACACAGGCCGUCACAUCCUGCGCCGUACCGCUUCCUUGCCUGCGCUUCGGCACAACGGGCACACCCUCCUCGGGCCUCCAUCCGAUCAGCACUCGGACACGCCCUCAGCUCGUCCAUGAGUAUGGGAAAUAGCGCUAUCCUCACCGACGUAAACUCGUACGCGCGUUUCAAACAAAGCCGAUGUGAGCUGCCGUCGGCCGGCAUCUACGAGGGAAGAGCUGUCCAAGUACUUGAUGACGUGUCCACACACUGCGACGCUACUACAACCUGGAGGAUGAGGACCGUCCGGAUGAUGAGCAGUGGGGGCUUGUAUCCGGGGGCAAAUGACGGCGGCCUGGGGGAAAGUCUAUAAAAGGCGGGGUGGUUCUCUCAGUUCCUCUUCUCCUCAUCCGAUCAGUACAUACAUCAAUACAUCAUCUUACUUGACAUCAACAUGAGCAAUAACGUCCACCA